CCCCGCGCAGCCCCGGCGGCUCCGGGCGCUGCCGCCGCCGGGGUCGCGCCGAGGCUGCCCCGCUCCGCGAAACACGACGGACGCCUGCCCAGGACGAUGCACAACGAGCGGGAAAGGUUGUUUUGAGAAGGAGGAUGAAUGGAAGGCAAAAAGGCACGUGAGAAGGAUGGCAAGCUGUGCUUCAUGACGACCUCACGCACGAUGUUCUAUGGGCCCUCCUCCACCAUGGCUCCACCGUCCAAGAACCGGCUGAAGCGCCAGGGCCGGCUCUUCUCCCAAGUCCUGUACCGGACUCUGAGCUACAAGGACCGGAGCUCGGCCUCCGCCUCCCCGGCCGUCGGCGAGGAUGACCCGGCCGAGCUCUCCACCCAGCUCUCGGCCCCUGGCAUCCUGAAAAUCUUCGGGGGCAACAUCUGUGCGGGCACCAACUACAAGAGUGUGCUGGUGACGGGCAGCUCGGGCGCGCGGGAGCUGGUGAAGGAGGCCCUGGAGCGCUACGGGCUGAGCCAGCUCAGCGCCGCGCAGUACGCCCUGUGCGACGUCAUCGGCAGGUUCGAGGGCCCCGAGAAGCAGUGGCAGACGGAGGGGCUGAGGGUCCUGGGGGACCACGAGAAGCCGCUGCUCAUCCAGGACCUCUGGAAGCCCCGGGAGGGCUUCUCGCGGCGGCUGGAGCUGCGCAGGAGGGCGGAGGUGGAGGAGCUGGCGGCCAAGGACGUGGACACCACCACUGCAGGCAUCAACGCCCAAGCGCGGAAGCUGCAGCGGCACCGGGCGCGGGGGGCCCGGCGGGCGGCGGCGGGGGCUGAGCGGCGCGGGCCGCCCCCGGCCCUGCGGCGCAGCCUCAGCGAGACCAGCCUGGGGACCCCGGUGAGGCGGGCCGGGGCCGGGGUCGGGGCCGGGGCCGGGGCCCGGCUCCAGCGGCACUGCUCCACCCUGCCCGGCAGCCCGGCGGCGGCGCGGAGCGGCGGCAGCAUGCGGUACUCCCUCUACCAGUCCCCGCACCUCCUGCUCCUGCAGGGCUACAGCCAGCAGCAUGACAGCCUGGUUUACCUGCUGAACCGCGAGCAGCACACGGUGGGCCAGAGGACGCAGGCGAGCAAGCCCAGCAUCAGCCUGUCAGCCCCCGACAUCCUGCCCCUGCACUGCACCAUCAGGAAGCUCCGACCUUCCCGGCACCGCUCGGAGGAGAAGCUGGUGCUGGAGCCCAUCGCCGGCGCCGGCAUCUCCGUCAACUUCGCCGAGGUGGCCCGGACGGUGGUGCUGCGGCACGGGGACCUCCUGUCCCUCGGCCUCUACUACCUGCUCCUCUACAAGGACCCCAUGAAGGCGCAGCCGCUGCCGGCGCAGACCCUGCUGAGGCUGCGAGCCCUGCACCCCGCCGCCCCCGAGGGCCGCCCUGUCUGCGGGGCGUGUGGCAGCCUGCUGAAAGAGAAGGACCCUGCUGCCAAAAAGCGGGCCCCCUCGCCCGCCGGCGGCCCCAGGACGCCCCGCAGGAAGAUGCAGCUGGAGUUCGAGCCGGCGGCCGAGGACGUGCUCCUGCGGCGCAUCAUGACCCUGAUCGAGCCCGGCGGGGACGACCACAAGCUGACACCCGCCUUCCUGCUCUGCCUCUGCAUCCAGCACUCGGCCACCAACUUUGAGCCAGGAGACUUCGGGCAGCUGCUGCUCAAAGCGGCCAAAAUGAUCCAGAGGACGGUGUGGGAGCGGACACGGGAGCUGGCUGAAAAGCAGUCCCAGCACCAGGACCCUGCCUCCCUGUCCCGCUUCACCAUCACGGACCUUCUCCCAGACCUGCAGCACAUCAUCUUCUGGAUGGCCAACGCCAUCGAGAUCCUCUACUUUGUCCAGCAGAAAUCACCCACGUACAUCCAGAGCAUGGAGGAGGAGCUGGACAUCAGAGGCUCCAAGGAGUCUCUGUUCUCCUCGACCAUCACAGCCAGCGAGGAGGCGAUGACAGUGCUGGAGGAGGUGAUCAUGUACACCUUCCAGCAGUGUGUCUACUACAUCUCCAAGUGUCUGUAUGUGUCGCUCCCUGCCCUGCUGGAGUGCAACCCCUUCCAGAGUGAGUGCCGGGAGAGCUGGAGGGCGGCCCCGCCGCUGCCCGAGGAGCUCCGCAGGGUCGUGCUCAUCUACCAGGCGGUGCUGGACCUGCUCCACCAGUAUGAAGUGCACCCAGAGAUCACCUCCCAGAUGUUUGCCUACCUCUUCUUCUUCUCCAACACCCUGCUCUUCAACCAGCUCCUGGAUAAGGGCUCCUCUCUCGGCUGCUUCCACUGGUCUCAGGGGGUGAAGCUGCGGGCGAGCGUGCGGCUGCUCCUGGACUGGCUGCGCGGCGCCGGCUUCGAGCAGCUCGCCCAGCAGUUCUUCGCCAAACUCGCCAGUGUGGCCAACCUGCUGGCCAUGCCUGGCUCCCAGCUGGUGCAGAUGACCUGGCCGUCCCUGCGAGCCGAGUUCCCGGCGCUGAGCCCCGCGCAGCUCCACCGGGUGCUGAGCCAGUGCCAGGCGGUGAUGGACAUGGGCUGCAUCGCAGCGUGGCAGCCCAGUGAGGAGGAGAGCCCAGCCACCUUCCAGCCCGAUGAGAUGCUGGAGUCCUUUGACAACCACCCACCCAUCAUCCUGCCCAGUGGGGGCUUCAAAGUGGACCUGGAGGUGGAGACGUUGGACGACAACAUCUACCGGCACCUCCUUUACAUCCGCCACUUCCUCUGGAGCCUGCAGAGCAAGAGCCCCCACACCAGCGAGGGGCCGGGCUCAGCACCCCUAAAGAAAGAGGCAUGCACGACGCCAGAGGUCCUGGAGGUGAGCGAGAGCCCGGCUGCUGCCCUGGGGAGCACCACUGCCCAGGAGGACUAUUGCUCCCCGGGGUGCUGCGCUGAGCCGGAGCCGGAGGGGAACCCCCGGCCCUGCCUGGCCACCAACGGCGUCCCCUGUGAGGACUCCGGCGAGCCACAGAUCCAGGAGAAGCUGAAGCAGCUGCAGCUGGGCAGGGGUCCGGCCCCCAAGGCUGGCACGGCACCCACGGACUCCUCCUGCCUGCUGACACCGCCCACCACCCCCCUGAACUUCGACUCCGGGAGCCCGGAGUCCCCACAGGGCACGGGCAAGGGGCUGCAGGACCCCCGGAGGAACGGGAUGACCGGCACCAAGGGCAGCACCCCCGAAGGAUGUUCGCCGACCCCCUACGACUACCCCACGCCGGAGUCUUCCAGCCGCAGCUCUGCCACCGACGACUUCUGCUACGUCUUCGUGGUGGAGCUGGAGAGGGGACCCAGCGGGCUGGGCAUGGGGCUGAUCGACGGCGUGCACACCCCCCUGUGCUCCCCGGGGAUCUACAUCCGCACCCUGAUCGAGGACAGCCCCGCGGCUGCCGAUGGCCGGCUCUCCCUCGGGGACCGCAUCCUGGCUGUCAACGGCACCAGCCUCAUCGGGGCAGACUACCAGAGUGCUGUGGAGCUCAUCCGCUCCGGAGGGAAGAAGCUGCGGUUUCUGGUUGCCAAGUCAGACAUGGAAAUAGCCAAAAAAAUCAGUUCCAGCUCCUCUGUCUCCUAGUCCUUGUGUAUCAGGAUCCUUCUGCAGCAGCCCGUGGGUGCAGCUCUGGUUAAAGCUCACCCUGGGGGAGCCUGGAGUGAAGGAGAGCAAAAGCGAGGACCAGGACUCCACAACUGCCCUUGAUUUGCUUUUGGACACUUUGCCCCUACGCUGCAGCAGAUGAAAAUACAUGCAAGGAUGGUGCACGCUUCUCCCACUGCACAGGCUGGGAGCAUCAUUCCUGAUCCAUUGCCCAGCCUCACCUUAUACCUGGUGUUGUCCUUCUCAGAAGCUUUCCUGGUCCUUUGUCCCCUCUGGAAGGGGGCAGGAAGAGGAUGCUCCCCCCUGGGGACUGUAGGCAGGCUCCUCUGUUCCUCUAGGCUGGAGCCUGUGUGGUAUUUCAUGCUGGCAGGCAGAAGACUUGAAACACCUUUGGAUUUUGAAGAUGAAUGUGUGGGGCAGGCCUGGGCUUCACUGUGGCAGUGGCCACCUGAGGUGCUGGCACAUCAGGCUGGAAAAGUGUGCCUAGCUCUGGGGGUGGUGAAGGCAGCACAAGCACCCAGGAGCGGGAUUCCAGGCAGGAUGAAUUGCCAGGAGUUAAGUUCCCUGGUGCCAUAUUCAGGUGCCUUUCUGCUGCUGGGCUACCAGCCCUGCUUUGGGAUGGGAAGCAGCUACAGCAAAGGGCUGACACCACCAGCAGUUCCUGGGAGUCCCAGGGAGAGCCCCCUGAAGAAAAGGACUCCCUUGCCCUUGCUCUGCAGCAGAUUUACUGCCCGGCUCCAGCACCAUGAUCCUGGCAGAAGGCCCCCAGGACUGAUCCAGCAGCAUGGGGUGUCCACAGCAGAGUUUCUCCUCACAGAGGGUUUGUGCCACCAGGAACUCAAGAGAACCUGGCAGCGCACGGGGCCGGACCCCAGGUGUGGCUGACACCAGCCCAGGCAGACAAAUGACAGCUUGGCACUGUGCCUGGUCCUCUCCCUCCAGCUUUGCCAGGCCAUUGCAAGGCCACCCCGUUUCCUGCCCAGCUUGGAGCAUCUCACCAGUGCGUGCUGCUGACAUGCAGAUGGGUGAGGACAUAACAGCAGAGGCUCCCUUUGGAAGGACAGCCUCGAGUGUCCCAGGAACUGCUCUGCUACCUGCUGCUGACCACGGUGUCAGAAGAGCCGAGGAACCAGCUCCACCGUGUGGCUGUCCAGGCCCUGGCACACCCAGCCUCCUGCCUGCCGAGUCCUCCCUCUGCUUUUAGCAACAUUAACGGGAUAAACCCGACCUGAUUUCCACAUAUAGAUGGAUACUGAGACCUAGUUUAGCCGAACCCUAUUAAUAAUAGCCUCCAGCAAAGCCCUCCAUCACACCCUGCAUGGCCUAGGCUCUGGCAGCAAAUCAGAUACAAACAUGGCAUCUCACAACAAUGCUGCUUGAGGAUUGUGAUGCUAAAAAAGGGUUGGCCUUAAUGACACCUCACUGCUGUAGUUUUGGUUCCUGCACUUAAGUCUCGCACGUCGCGGGAGGAGAGAGCUGUCAAAACAAUCCAUGCAAGGGAAACACUCCACUACUGGAUUUCAACACAGCCUAGCCUGUCUCUUUUCUAGGCAAGAUGGACCAAGCAACUUCACCAAGACAUUAGUGCCUUGCUUCUCUGCUAGGCCACGCUCACACCCCCUGGGUGGGGUGCUGCCCCAGCAGGGACUGGGGGCAGUGCAUCCCUCCUGCCGCUGACUCAGCCGUACCAGGCAGGCGAGCAAAGGCUCAGGGCCCCACGGGGCUCCUGGUGAUUCACUCCACUUUGAAUCAAGUAGGUAUGUUGGCCUGUCAUCCCCCACAGAACUUGAAAUGGGCUGCCUAGGGCCCUUGGAAAAACUGCAUGCACUCCUUACUCCCCUCUGCCUGGAAGCCAGGGCUUGGGGGAGGCUUGGUUUGCACUACAGUGCUGGGGCUGCAUCCUGGCAAGUUCCAGCAGUACCAGCUCAACCCUCUGCUCCCAGCUGAGCCCUCCUGGAGCUGGAAAACAGCCCCAGAGCUGUUAUGUUGCUCACAGUGCAGUCAGGUAUUGAAACAGACUGUAAAUAAACCCUGCUAUUUACUAGUGUGCAUGAGGGCUGGCUCCUCCCGGGAGGAGCCUUGGGAUGGAUUUACUUCCCUGUUUGUUAAUACUGUACAGCUCAAACGUGUAUAAACCUCUGGUGCAGAUACAGAACACAGCAUGGCGCCUGUCUGACACAGGGCUGGUGUAUGUUAAGAAAUGCUCUGUGUCAACAAUAAACUGGAUCAAUAAAUCUCUCUAAGCUCUGCUCUGGCA